AUCCGCAACACAACCCUCAGUCACUGAGAGAGAGAGAGAGAGAGAGAGAGAGAGAGAGAGAGAGAGAGAGAGAGAGAGAGAGAGACUUUUUACCCCAGGGAGCGUUUGUGAUAGAAAAACAUAUUCAUUGAAGUUAGAAGUCUGAAACUGUUUCAUUUUUUCUUACAUAAAAAGUCACAGUAAAGUUAACGAGAGAGUGAGAGAGAGAGAGAGAGAGAGAGAGAGAGAGAGAGAGAGAGAGAGAGAGAUUAAAGCCAGUGCAGGCAUGAUGUCCUACAUUAAGCAGCCUCAUUACGCAGUGAACGGGUUAACACUGUCCGGCCCGGGCAUGGACCUUCUCCACACCACCGUCGGCUACCAGAACACACCCCGGAAGCAGCGGCGUGAGAGAACUACGUUCACACGUGCGCAGCUCGAUGUGCUCGAGGCUCUGUUCGCUAAAACCCGCUAUCCCGACAUCUUCAUGCGUGAGGAGGUGGCACUAAAAAUCAACCUGCCCGAGUCCAGAGUUCAGGUCUGGUUCAAAAACCGUCGUGCUAAAUGCCGGCAGCAACAGCAACAGAGCAGCGGACAGCCGAAACCUCGGCCCCCCAAAAAGAAAUCAUCCCCUGCCCGAGAGACGACCUCUGACCCAGCUAAUGCUAACAUUACUGCUAAUCCGCCCUACAGUCCAGUGGCUCCGCCCCCUCCUGCCCCACCUACAGCCAUCACUCCAAGCUCAACUGGCACAAAUGCCAACGCGAGCGUCUCUAUCUGGAGCCCUGCGUCCGUCUCGCCAUUGGGUGAUCCGCUCUGCGUGUCGAGUAAAACGGCCUACGCCAUGACGUACGCUCAGACUCCGGCCUACGCCCCGGCCUACGCUACUUCCUCGUCUUAUUUCAGCGGCCUAGACUGCAGCUCGUACCUUUCCCCGAUGCACGCACCACUCUCAGCCACUGGGAGUGGCCCACUUAGCCCCAUAGGCUCCUCCUCCAUGGCUCUUGGCCAGUCGCAGGUCACGCAAGGUUAUGGCCCCGCCUCCCUCGGUUUCAGCACCAUCGAUUGUCUGGACUACAAUAAAGAGCAAAUGGCUUGGAAGCUCAACUUCGGUGCAGCGGAUUGCCUGGAUUACAAGGACCAGAAUUCCUGGAAGUUCCAGGUGUUAUAGACGGAAAGGGGGUGGAGUCACGGAGGGAAUUUCGGACAAGCUCAAAAUGUUUCUAGUUGUGGCUUUUAUAUAACAUAUUACAUGACAUGAUUUCCUUGUUUUCCAGACGCUCAAUACAGGAAACGACACAAAAAUGUCCGUAGUUAAAUUACAAGUCGGAUAUCUUUAAAACGAUCUGCUCAAACUUCAAAAAACAUAUUAAAGCCGAUAUUUUCUGCUAAAUUUCACAAAAACGUACGAAUUCGUCUGAUCCGAAUCGUACGCUGAAUUCAGUUAAAUGUAAGUAAAGUGUUGCGUAGCGUAUUUACAAGUUUAUUUAUGUUAUCUAAAUGCUCGUUAGUAUUGUUACGUGGAAUGUUUUCCAAAAUCCGAUCAUUUUUCAGGAUCAAAAUUACAACUGCAUUAAAAAUUAUAAUUAAAGAUUCAAUGAAUCCAUUUUUAUCCAAUUAGGUAAUUGCAAUAUUUUACAUUUGAUUGACUUGAUUGUACAUCGAACAUCUACAUUUUCUGCCUAAUUUAUAUCUAAAAAUAUCAUCCAACCGUAUAAAUUCAAGUUUUAUUCGUUGACCUUUUCUUUUUCUUCGUUAAACGUAAUGAUGUUGGUGUUUUCACCGCAAUUGUGAAUUGUUGAAUUGUGCUUCGUCUGUGAAUUAUAUCAACCUGUUGUUUAAAGAUUCAUUCUUUUUUUUUUUUGCUGAAUUGCAUUUUAUUUUGUUUUGGUGUGUUUGUGUUAUUGUUUUUGUCGCUUCUCUUUAAUUGUAUUUGAAAAUGGCGAAUCGUUUGAUAUAAUAGUUUUGAGUAGAUGUUUAGAAAGCUGCCAACUUUUUCAUUAUUGAUCUUAGAUUUUUGUUUUGUUUAAACUCAGGGGUUAACCUGUAAAUGUAACGGUGUUCUGGUUGUGCAUCUGAAAGUUCUAAAUGAAUCGUUUUUACUAUUUUGAAUCUCUGCAUUUGCUGUUCUUCCUUGUUUUUCUUCGCUCUUUGUGUUUGGCCUUUUCCAAAAGAAUUUUGAUCGUUUGUUCGUUUAGAAACGUUAAAUGAAGUUCUAAUAAAAGAAUUAUUGAUUGUUUCA